GCACGUUAUUGACACGUCACCUCGGCGGUGUUCGCAUUGAAUUGGGGUCAAACUCAGGAUUGAGAAAGUCACGUUGAGCAAUAGCGACACUGAUCUGACGAAACAAAUAAAAGGAAAACGCAGACAGAUGGAGAAACCAUAGAUUUAUACUGUUCACCUUAUUUGUUUGCUUAAUACCAUUUAGAGAAACGGAAAAGUUGAGAGCUUAUCGAUUGUUUAGCAAAGAAUCAACAACAGAAAGCUCUUUCCGUUUGGGAUCCCUUGCCAAACCUAAAGGUAACGUAAAGCUGAUAUGGGAAGCGUCAUGGCUUCAAGAACUUUGCGGAAAAGGCUUCAUCAUGGGGAUGUUGAUGGGAAAAAGAAUGAGCAUUUAGAGACAUCAGGGUCAGAUGAUCUUAAUGAGCCUCUACUGGGGAAUUAUUAUUCAGAUACGCAUGCUGAGGGAUCCUCACUUGAAGAGACGUGCGAUGAUGAACGGAGAAAGGAACACCUCCAUUGGACCCUUCUGUUUUCUCAGUUGAUUGCACAGUGGGCACGGUGGUUAGCAAAUAUUGUUCUUGGAUCGGGAUCGCUUAUUGGGCGGCUUUUGACCUUCCCUUCAACUACACAAAAUGGACAAAGAACUAAGUUGCGUGCACCACCCCUUAGUCCUCUGCAAGAAGCAAGACUCAGAAAGCUGCGACAAAGGCUUGAAGUACCCUUUGAUGGCUCUCGUGUGGAGCAUCAAGAUGCACUUUUACAGUUAUGGAGGUUGGCUUAUCCGGAUAAGGAGCUCCCACCUCUUAAAUCAGAGCUUUGGAAACAGAUGGGAUGGCAAGGUUCAGACCCUUCAACAGACUUUAGAGGCGGGGGAUUUAUAUCAUUGGAGAAUCUUAUAUUCUUCGCACAACAGUAUCCGGAAUCAUUCCAAAGAUUGUUGCACAAACAAGAUGGAACUAGAGCUGAGUGGGAAUAUCCCUUUGCUGUAGCUGGUAUCAAUAUUUCUUUUGUCUUGGCACAAAUGUUGGAUCUUCAAUCAGAGCCAGCUAGUUUGGCAGGCACCCGUUUUCUCGAACUGCUUCAAGAAGAUGAAAUGGCAUUUGAUAACCUUUAUUGUGUAGCCUUCCAGAUGAUGGAUGCUCAAUGGCUUGCAAAACGUGCUUCCUAUAUGGAGUUCAAUGAUGUUCUGAAGUCUACAAGAAGUCAGCUAGAGCGUGAGCUUGCACUUGAAGAUGUCUCAAGUGUAAAAGAUUUGCCAGCAUACAAUAUGUUGAGAAGAUGAUCUCUUAUUCUCUUUUGGUUUUUUUAUUUUUUCAGUUCUCAUUCCUGUAAUUCUUCUUACGUUCUCACCAUCUGUAAUAUCAUAGAAGAAAUUCUAUCUUCAAAAUCCAGUAGUAACAUAUUUAAUUCAUUGAUCCAAGCGCCUUAUCAUCUUU